AUGCCACACCACACGCACCCCACCUUAACCUCCCUCCUCUUCUCCCACCCUCCUCCUCCCCUCCCCUCUCUCCCACCCCACCCCCACCCAGGCGUCAUCACCCUGGUCUUCCUCAUCCUGGCCGCCACCAACUUCCGCCUCAUCCUGGAGAACAUGAUCAAGUAUAGGCUGAGGUUCAACCCGCUCACAUUCCUGCGCACCGCGCUCACGCCCUCGGGCAACCUGCCGCUGCUGCUGUGCUGGCCGCUGCUGGCCUGCUUCGCGCUGUGCGCGCUGGGCAUCGAGCGCUUUGCGCACCUGGUGUUCCUGCUCAACCUGCUCAACACCAGCGCCGCGCUGCUGGCCCCCUGCGCCAUCAUCCUGCACACCCGCGCCGAGCUGCUGCCCGGCUUUGCGCUCACCAUGGCCACAAUCGUGCUGUGGCUCAAGCUGGUGUCGUAUGCGCACGUCAACUGGGACUACAGGUGGGCCGUGUGCCCCGGGGAGCGCGGCAGCGGGGUGGUGCCGGAGGGCGUGGAGGAGGAGCUGCGGUACCCCGAGAACAUCGUGGCCGCCAACCUGGCAUACUUCCUGCUGGCGCCCACGCUGUGCUACCAGCUCACCUACCCGCGCAGCAAGCGGUUCCGGGCACGGUGGAUGGCCAAGAAGCUGCUGAUGCUGACGGGGGGCCUGGGCCUGAUGCUGUUCAGCAUCGAGCAGUACAUCCAGCCCACCAUCGACAACAGCAUGCGGCCGCUGAGGGAGAUGGACUGGCUGCGCAUGCUGGAGCGCAUCCUCAAGCUGUCCAUCCCCACCCUCUACUGGUGGCUGGCCAUGUUCUACACGCUCUUCGACCUGUGGCUCAACAUCAUCGCAGAGCUGCUGCGCUUCGGGGACCGCGAGUUCUACAAGGAGUGGUGGAAUGCCACCACCGUGGGCGAGUACUGGCGGCUGUGGAACCAGCCGGUGCACAAGUGGAUGCUGCGACACGUCUACUUCCCGCUCAUCCGCCACGGGGUGCCCAAGUUCCACGCAGGCCUCAUGGUGUUCUUUGUGAGCGCCGUGUUCCACGAGGUGCUGGUGGGCGUGCCGCUGCACAUGCUGCGGCUGUGGGCCUUUUGGGGCCUCAUGAUGCAGGUGCCGCUGAUGAUAGUGACGGAGUGGCUCAAGGGGCGGCUGCGGAGCGACCGCGUGGGCAACAUCAUCUUCUGGGUGUCCUUCUGCUUUGUGGGGCAGCCGCUGGCCAUGAUCCUGUACUAUCACGACUUCCGCCAGGUGCGCUGUUGCACAGCCGCAGCAUGUGCAACAUGUAUUGUUGCGGUACAGGACGGCGUCGGAUGGUGGAUGCUGCCGGGUUGA